AUGACUUAUACCGUUGCCCCUCACCUCGAAUAUUUUAAUAUUCCUCUGACCGACUUUGUCGCCGCUCGACCUGAAUUUAAUGGGUUCGGUGUUGGCGCUUAUAUCUUCUCUCAUGCCGACCCCACCCCACGCAUCCUUCUUCUCCAGCGUGCACUGACAGACUCAAUGCCUGGCUGUUGGGAGGGCCCUGGAGGUGCUUGCGAACUGGAAACCGACAAAACAUUACUCGAUUCUCUUGUACGCGAAACUCUAGAAGAAAGUGGAUUACAUGUAUCGCACAUUAUUGACCUCGUCGCGGUGGAUUGUUGGGAACAUCAUCGCCGUAGUGGGGAUAAAAUCCGUGUGGCCAAGUAUUCAUUCAUUGUCGAGGUUCAAGAGGCCUUGCUAUGGGCAGCAGGAAAGCAGCAACAGGUGCCAGCCCUUCAAAUACCUGUUCAACUGGAAAAACUGGAGCACGAGCAAUUCGAAUGGGCGAUAAAAGAGGAUAUUCUGCUUUCUAUCCGAUCCCCCAACGGUCGAUUCCAAUUUCCCUUAGGUGGCCAUCAAGCUCCUAAUAUCCUCCGGGCUUUUGAAUUCGUUGAACAACGGCAGAGCAAGUUACGGUCCGGCGAUAUCGCGCAGUAA